UCAGGUAUAUUCACUUCUAUACCAAAAUCCUUCUUAAAAUGUGAUAAUCUCUGAACAUCAACCAUCUUCUCCACUGUCAAGCUCAACAGCUCGUGUAUGUUCGCAACAGCACGUUUCUCGUCUCACACCACCACAGUCCACACUACUACUACUACUACUAACACCACCCACAAUCUCUGCUUGGUAGGGUUUCAAGUAAGAAAGCCUUUGUCAAUUCCUCAUCUUCUCUCUAAGCCCUCCCUUAAUCUUGAACCCAGUCGGAUACUGAAUAGGAAAUGCAUACUUUGUCUCAAGCUCACUCAGCCAUUUAUCUAUGUACUCUUUCUCCCUCCAUUUCUCAAUCUCUGCCACAACCAAACUCUCAUCUAUGCUACUACCCGAUUUCACUAUUUCCAGAUCAACCAACUGAAAAUCACUCUCGUCCAAGAUCGAGUCCCGGAAAUCUUCUGGCAAACCCAGCUCUCUACUAAUCAUUAUCAAUGCAUGAACAUGAAGAGUUCCAUCCUUGGACAUCAUCAACAGCUUCUUCAAUCUCCAGAGAGCUUCUUCGAUUCGCUGUCUCUAACAACCCUGGGCUCUUCAGCCAUUAAGUCCUUCCAUUUCGACGCAACUCUACAACACAGAUCCCUCCGAAUCGGGUGUGUGAAAACCUCGAAUAUGUGAGGGUACUUCUGAAUGAACUCACCUACACCUACAUUGAACCCCACAAUGUUUCUCCACCUGGACAUAAGUUGCACAGAAACAAAAGGCUCGUGCUUUCGCUUCGACAUCAGCUCAUGGAGAUUGAGAAUGAUUUUGAGUUUCCUGACGUUGGCUGCUAUUUUAUCAAGCUUAGAGUCCCUAGUCCGGUCUUCCGGGCGGGUUUGUGCAGUGCUUGCAGGUUUCUUCCAUCUUCUCUGAACAAAUUGGUUGAAUGGACCAAAAUGAAAUUCAGCCGAGACUAGUUUAACACAAUUAGCAGAAGUUCUUCUCGUUCGCCACAUAAUUUCUCAGAUUGCCACUCCUGGGAAAGACCUAUCUACAUUCCUUCAACUGAUUCAGCACGAAAGGCUGUAAAUUUGAACACUCAGGGGAAAAGUAUGACUUUAGAACAUCGUUACCCAAUAGCAGCAAGUUCUUCUUCCGAUUAGCGGCGGCGGUAGCAGAAGGAGGGGCGGCUUGCGUUUUGACAGUCGAAGCAACGGCGCAUUUACAGUCGCGAACCACCGCUACCAUUUUGAUCUCUCUGCGUCUCCAAAUGGCGGCGGGAAGAAUGUAACGGACUAACGGUGAUUGAACUUUGAAGUCACCCGGUAAGAAUGUAAUCACCGGUUGCGGUAGACCUGGUUCUUUUUUUGGUUCUCUUGCCCGUCUGGUUGACUCAGAGACCCACAGGCCACAGGACAGGCGUCGAGUGAGACUCGUCACUUGGCAAUUUUUUGCUUCCAACGUGGCGCAUCGUUUUGUGCGUGAAAACAAUUAACACUUCCCAAGCACUUCCGUUCUUCCAAGUUCCAACCUUUCUCUGUUCUCCGUAGUCCGUAAUGCAUCCGCUUCGGCAGAUAACAAUAAGAUUGGCGAUCACAUUUUCAUGAUCAAGAUUCAAGAAGAAACGUCGGAGGUAAUCCAAGAAUCCUAUUUCAGUUUUCACACGAUCUAUGCUCGCAAGCCAUGCAGAUUGUUGCAAAUUUUGUUUGUUGCGCACGAACUGUUGGCUUGAUUGCCUGACUGAGCUGUUUCAUUUUUAUUAUCCUGCAUUGUGCUUGUGGGUCGACAAAGCGUGUUCAGAAGAUGGAGCCGAACGUUUGGUUAUAGCAAUUUGUUAGGUUUUUACAAAUUUCCAAAUUACCCAUCAAAACCCAGUUCUGAGUUUCCGACAAAAGCUUGAAUCUUUCCUGAAUGGGUUGGAGAUACAGAGCUGGGUUGGGACUGAUUGGCACGGUUGUUAUCAUUUGGGUUGCCUCUGCAGAGAUCACUCAGAGAAUCUUCGAAAAGUAUGAACAACCAUUCGCCCUCACUUACCUCGGGGUGUCACUGAUGUUGCUCCAUCUUCCAAUAGCGUUCUUGAAAGACUGGUUGUGCAGCUUGUUUGGAGGGAUUAAAGAGGAGAUUCAGAGUCCCAACAUCACUUCUUCUUCAGUAAUUGAGGUGGUAGAUCACCAUGAUCAGUCGCCCCAGUAUACUUCUGAAACUAACAUAAUGAUAAUAAGCUGUCAUUUGUCUAACAAGGAUAUCAGUGAGAGGGAAGAAGGAAGGCCUUUGAUUUCCAACAAGGAAGUUGUUAGUAAACCUGGUGAUCAUCUCCAGUUGCAUUAUAAACUUAAUCCCCAACUUGGUUUGGGUGAAAUUGUUAAAUGUAGCUUGUAUCUUGCUCCAAUUUGGUUCCUAUCAGAGGUGUGAUGAUCUAUUUUAGUUUUACAUUUAUGCCUUAUUUGAUCAGUUUGUGCUCUCAAAUUUGAAUUGAUGCUUUGCUAUUCAGUACUUGUCAAACUCAGCUCUUGCAUAUACCAGUGUUGCCAGUACGACUGUCAUAAGUUCUACCUCGGAGCUCUUCACGCUUGCAUUCGGGCACUUCUUAGUCAGGACUCCAUAAAUACUGUUAAGGUGGUUGCUGUCGUGAUUAGCAUGGCUGGUGUAGCCAUGACCACAGUUGGAAAGACUUGGGCAAGAGAUGAAGGGUUAAUCACGCAUGAGUCAAUUAUUUCCUUGUUACUUACUUUUCUUGUUAAGUUGGUUCGCUUGUUACUUUUCUUCUUAAGUUGGCGCUGCUCAUUUGACAAGAGCCUUCUGCCUAUCUCUUUGAUUUUCAAGAACAAGGAAACACUCCAUUGAGGGGGACAUACAAGGUCUAUUCUCAGCCAUAUCAUAUGCCUUGUUCACCAGUAAGUUCCAAGAACACUACCGGCUUGUUUGCGCUACCAAAGACUACUUUCGCCCUAGAAGAUUACUGAUAAGUUAUCUGCAGUGCUGCUCAAGAGAUCUGCAGGAUCCCAAGAGGAAAAGGUUGACAUGCAAAAAUUUCUGGGAUUCAUUGGCCUUUUCACUCUUGUUGGCCUUUGGUGGCUAUGUAAGUAAACUCAAAUCCAUUUGUAGGUCCCUUAUUCUUAACGAGUAACAAAAAUACUACUACAUUUAACAGUGUGACAAUGAUAGAACAGAAAAAGGUAGUUGUUAUGAAGCAGUCAAUUAACACUCUGCAGAUUGUUCACUUUCCCUAAUUUGUGAUUUGGAGAGGGUCUCUUUUGUUUGGUGCUCGCGGUAUGGCCUCUCAGUGCAUUAGGAAUAGAACCAGGAUUUAGCU